AUGGACCGAGCUCCUCAAGCCUAUGAGACUACAUACGAAACUCGGGCUGAAGUUGUAGAAACUACAACUGUAGUUAACGUUUCCUUCGUUAAAAGUCUGGGAGGAAUCCUAAAUUAUGUGAAGUCAUUCUCAGUUGCAUCGUGCUUAUUUGUGUCGCCUCUGUUCUACCUUUUCUAUCUAUUUAACAUUAUCCGGCGGUUACGUGGACCCUGGGUCAUCAUCGAGUUCAGCGUGCUCGUCAUCUCAGUUGUCUUCUGGUUUAUCGCGUUCAUCGUUUCGGCCGCGAUGCACUCUUAUGAUGGCGGAGCUAUUGCUUCAGCCGUCUUCAGCGCAAUCGCCAUGGGCGUGUAUAUUGCUGAGCUGGUCACCCGCUUCCGUGUGACUCGACAAGCUAAUGGUUUCCGAAUCACAAUGACUGGGGUAGCGACUACAACUACUGCGUCUGCAUACCCGCACGUCACUGCAGUACCAGCGACAGCAAUCCACACCGAAGGUCAUUACCCGAAUGAGGGACAUGCUGGAUUCAAGGGAAGCUACUCCGUCGGCGAACGCACAGAUGCCUAUGCAAUGCCCUAA